AUGACAUUUGCAUUACCUCCAAUUGAAACUCUUCCAAGACUCAGCCAGCUGGAAAAGGUCGAGGUAUUGGAUCAUUUGUUUGAACCUUGUUCCACUUUAGCAUCAAUACUUCUCCCAAGAGUGUUCAAUGAAAGUUUUGGAUCAUACGUAGAAUUUAUAGAAAGAUCAAGAGCGGAAUUACUCAACUUUUUGGUAACUGUUGAUUCACAAGAUGAUCGUAUAUCUAAGAUUAUUGCUGCUCAUCCAAGACUAGGAGCACCAAAACCGGGAACUACGAAGCAGGAAACCCUCUCGGUACACUCAUCUUCUGAACAACGUUCAUUACAAGGCACUCCAGAAGAACAAGCUAAACUUGCUGGCUUGAAUGAAAAAUAUGAAGAAACUUUCCCCGGUUUACGAUAUGUAGUGUUUGUCAAUGGGAGAAGUAGAGUAGUGGUGAUGGAAAAUAUGGAAGAAAGAAUAGCUCGUAAUGAUAUAGAACUUGAAAAGAAGGAGGCAUUCAAUGCCAUGUGUGAUAUUGCUUUAGAUAGAGCAAGAAAAUUGGGUGCGAAGUUAUAA